UGUUUUUCCAGCUGACCGUCACAAUAAAUGGAUGUACAUAAUUACGAUAACACCCUUAAAACCUAAAAACCCAAAUUCCCUUUCCUUCCUUUGCCGCCAUAGCCCUCGUCUUCGGCAUCUCAGGCCAACAUCUUUUCUCCAUAGCCCUAGUCUCUCUUUUCCUUCUUCCUUCUUCCUUCUUCAUAUAUUGAUUUCCAUUUUUUUUGUUUUCUUUUUCUUUUUCUCUCUUCGUUUUCUAUCUCCCUCUACUGAACCACGCCAGCACGCCGUUCAUUGUUCUGCUGCAGCUGCCGCACGACUGCCCACCGCCUUCUUCAGUGGAAAUCAAUCUGAUUUCAAAUCCUGCCAAACAAGGAGUAUAUAGUAUGGCUGCAGAAACAGGAUUAUUUGCUGUUCAACAGACCAUUGGCAGCGUCUUAUGUUGCAAAUGUGGGAUUCCCAUGGCACCAAAUGCUGCCAAUAUGUGUGUCAAGUGCUUGUGUUCGGAAGUUGACAUAACUGAAGGUUUACAAAAGCAAUUGACUAUCAUGCAUUGUCCAGAUUGCGAGAGUUACUUGCAGCCACCCCGAACUUGGAUUAAAGCGCAAUUAGAAUCAAAGGAACUAUUGACAUUCUGUAUCAAAAGGUUAAAAAAUUUGAAUAAAGUUAAACUGGUACAUGCCGAAUUUGUUUGGACUGAACCCCAUUCCAAAAGGAUCAAGGUAAAGUUGAAGGUUCAGAAAGAAGUCUUACAUGGAGCAAUUUUGGAACAGUCCUAUGUUGUGGAGUAUGUUGUACAGGAUCACUUAUGUGAGUCUUGCUCAAGGGUCCAGGCCAACCCUGACCAGUGGGUGGCUUCUGUUCAACUCAGGCAGCACGUCCCUCACCGCCGUACAUUUUUCUUCUUGGAGCAACUGAUACUAAAGCAUGGUGCUGCUGCCAGUGCCAUAAGGAUCAAACAGAUGGAUCAAGGUAUCGACUUUUUCUUUUCCAAUAGGAGUCAUGGUGUAAAGUUCGUGGAAUUUAUCGGAAAGGUUGUUUCAAUCAGGAGCCGCCACGAUAAACAACUUGUUUCUCAUGAUCCUAAGAGUAAUAUCCACAACCAUAAGCACACUUUCUCUGUUGAAAUAUCCCCAAUAUGCCGUGAGGAUUUAAUAUGCUUGCCUCCUAAGGUUGCUGUUAGUUUAGGCAAUCUUGGUCCUCUUGUAAUUUGCACCAAAGUUACAAAUGCUAUUGCUUUACUUGAUCCAUUCACCUUAAGGCACUGCUUCUUAGAUGCUGAGCAGUAUUGGAGGACAUCCUUUAGGUCUCUACUUACUAGCAGGCAACUCGUGGAAUAUGUUGUAUUGGAUAUAGAGAAUGUUUCUACUGAAGUCAAUGUUGCUGGUUCCAAGUAUAUGUUGGCCUAUGCUCAAGUAGCUCGCUUAUCUGAUUUUGGAAGGAAUGACACAAUAUUCUCCAUAAAAACCCAUCUAGGUCAUAUUUUGAACCCUGGAGAUUAUGCUCUUGGUUAUGAUCUUUAUGGAGCCAAUAGUAAUGAUAUGGAGCUAGAAAAAUACAAGGGUCUUGAGCUUCCAGAUGCAAUUUUAAUCAAGAAGAGUUACGAAGAAAAGCGUCUGAGAAAGCGUGGAAAGCCUCGAGCAUGGAAGCUUAAAUCUCUUGAAAUGGACGUUGAUGAUAAAGGUAAAGCAGAGGAAGAUAAGAAGAACUCCGAGUAUGAACAGUUUUUGAGAGAUUUGGAGGAGAAUCCAGAUUUGAGGUUCAACAUAUCAUUGUACCGAAAUAGAGAAUACCAACCAUCUGAAAUGACUGAUGGGGAAGAUGGACCUUCGGUACCACUUGAAGAGUUGCUUGCUGAUCUUGAUUUAAGUGAAGGUGAGGGAGACAAUGACAUGGACGAGUAAGUAGUGGCCUUCUCGUUUUUCUUGGUUAGAAAUGUGGGGUUGGACAUGAAAUGGAAAGCCGUGCCUUGUUGAAUUAUGCUCGUUUUGGUCCAUGCAACAAGGAGUUGAAAAGGUGUGUUGUUAUUGCUUGCAAUUUUAUUCCUAUAGCAUCUGGUUUUUCUUGUUUGUUUACAAGAAGAUACAAAUUUAUUAUCAUCAACCAUAUCAGCCAUGUCAUUGUUGUUACUUGAUAUUUUCCCCUCUUCUUUCUUUAUAAAUGUGGUGAUAUAAAUUCGACUACAAUUACCAUUCCA